UGAGCUCUUGUUUUAGUGAAUGUGACCAAAAUUCAAAAUAUAAAAAAAGAAAAUCUUAUUGAAAUGUGACGUGGCAUUCCAGGUAGGAAGUUCUAUCUAUGAUGUGCUUCGUCUCCGAUCGCAGCUUCUGAUUCUUUUGCUCUCUGUUCCAAAUUCCGGCGAUGCAGUGACAGUGAUUCCCCAAUCUCCAAAAUGAUCGUCAAUGUCAAAUCCGACGUAUAUCCUUCUACUGCUUCUUCUUUCUCUUCCGUUCGAUCUUACGCGCCAAUACGGUUCCCUCCGUCUCCAUCUGCCAUUCGUUUUCACGGUUCUGAAACUUCACGGCGGCUCCAGGUCCUCGCCAGGGUUGUCAAGCGGAGUCCUAAGCGCCUCAAAUACUCGGCUCCACGAUUCACCAAGGAAGGGAGCUUGCUAUAUGUCAAAGCUGAAUCAGGAGAGGACGGCUGGAAACUAGAACCUAUUGUUAAUCUUCUUAAAGAGGGUGCUGUAGGGGUUAUUCCUACGGAUACAGUGUAUGGAAUAGUUUGUGAUUUGAAGAACCCCUCAGCCAUUGAACGAAUACGAAGGAUCAAGAAUAUUGAGCCUUCAAAGCCUCUGAGCAUUUUGUGCCACUCCUUCCGGGACAUUGACAAAUAUACUACAGGGUUUCCUCGUGGUGAUGGCCAAGGCCAUUCAAAUAUAUUUCGCAUGGUUAAGCAUUGCCUACCUGGACCAUAUACCUUCAUCCUGACUGCAAGCAAAGAGCUGCCCAAACACUGUAUAAGGUAUGGCACGACCACUGCAAAAUAUGCAUCAAGGAAGAAUGUUGGUGUGCGCAUUCCUGAUGAUGCAAUUUGUCAAGCAAUACUGGAAAAGAUGGAUGCCCCAUUGAUAUCCACAAGUGUCAAAAACCUGAAGGAAAACGAGUGGUUGCUCGAUCCAGUUGUCAUAGCUGAUAUCUACGGGGAGGAGGGUCUGGAUUUUGUGGUGGAUGGUGGAGUUAGAGUGGCAGAUCCAUCCACUGUAGUAGAUAUGACCAUCACUCCUCCAAAGAUUUUGCGGCAAGGGAAGGGAGCUAGACUGCCAUGGAUGGUAGCUGAAGGUGAUGAUGAACCGACCGUAGGUGAAGAUAUCCGCAUCCGACCUGCCAUUUUGUAGAUAAUCCACUGAAUAUAUCGCAUGGAAGAUAUGAUCCAGUUCCAGUUAACAAACAAAUGAGCUGGAGUUUGUACAGUGUUUGUUCUUGUGAUAUAAACAAUAGGAAGGUAUAGAGGAAACUAGAAGGGGGUUCCUUGCCUUUCAAAAUUAAAGACCAAAUGUGGCUAUACUGGUUUUUUCUCAACUUGAAAUUAGAAUUAGAAUCUCUUUUACCUAUGUAACUCAUCAUAUGCAAAUGCAAUCCUCAUUCUAAAUUCUCUCUUAGAAGAACAGAAGAAUUUGCAUUCUUA